CAUGUUAUCAUCAAGAGGGGGGAGAUAACACAUGAGUAUAUAUGCUUCUUAGUCAUAUCUUCUUGCCUGCAGUGUAACGUUAGCAGCCAUACUCUGGACAUUACAGGAAUAACCUUCGAUUCUAAGAUCCAAAAUGAGGAAAGGCUCGAGUUUUUGGUGCACUGUGGCAUCGCUGGCGGUGUUACUGUUGGCAUUCUCAGAUUCUGUGGCUGGAGAUGACGAAAUCGUCAUGGGCAUUCAGCAGGAACUCAAGCACAUCGACGAUUCUCUGGAUGAGCUUUUGCUGCUGGUGAAUCCCGAGACAACAACUGUUCUUCCAUCCUCAACGGUAUCUUCAGACGAACCGGCGUCCCCUGGUUCAUCGGUCGGAUCAUCUGUACAGUCAUCAACGACAUUAGCAUCAGUUGGAUCUUCAGCACAAUCAUCUUCGACACAGGAACCAGCAGAGUCAUCUACGACACAGAAACCAGCAGAGUCAUCUACGACACAGGAACCAGCAGAGUCAUCUACGACACAGGAACCAGCAGAGUCAUCUACGACACAGGAACCAGCAGAGUCAUCUACGACACAGGAACCAGCAGAGUCAUCUACGACACAAGAACCAACAAAGUCAUCAGCACCAACAACUAAGCCAAAGGAGUCUUUUGAGGAGAACCAGUCUUCCUCAAGCGAACAGCCCCAACCGUCCUCAAGCGAACAGCCCCAACCGUCCUCAAGCGAACAGCCCCAACCGUCCUCAAGCGAACAGCCCCAACCGUCCUCAAGCGAACAGCCCCAACCGUCCUCAAGUGAACAGCCCCAACCGUCCUCAAGCGAACAGCCCCAACCGUCCUCAAGCGAACAGCCCCAACCGUCCUCAAGCGAACAGCCCCAAUCUUCCUCAAGCGAACCCACGUCAACCGUACCACCCAUUCCCGUCUGCAUAACGAACGGGACCGACGACGAGGACCUGUGUUUGCGCCUGACUUCGGUCCUGGACGACAUCGAGGCCGUGACGAGGACUGUGGCCGACGGAACCAUGGGUCAGAGUGAGCUGGACGAGCUGAGGAACUGCUCCACGAGGCUUGACGACGUGAUUGAGGACAUGCGUAACCACACAGACUUCAUCGCCAGCAGUGUCGACGUCGAGGCGCUGACGUCGAGGAAAGAUGCUCUCGACCAGGUGCUGACGGAGGCUGAAGAAGCAGUGGCCGCGGUGCUGUCACCAGACGAUGACGAAUACGACCCGACCCUCGCUAUUGUCCUCGGCACUCUGGGGGGCCUCGUGGCAGUUGGCAUCAUCGGCUACGUUGGCUUUGCCUUCUACAAGAAGAACAAGGCAAAAAAGGCACGCUUGAAUGACAAUCCCAUGAGAAAUAUGGAAGGAGGAUCAGGGCAGGACAACAGCGCAUUCGCCGGGAGCAGCAGCAGAUUGAACUAGGAAAAAAGGGCUCAUUUAGUACAGACUCAUAUUCUAUCUCUGACUUUUCGACUGGGCAAUUAGAAGAAGAAAUAAAAGGAGAAAUAAAAGAGAACAUGAUUAUUCCGGUUGUGUUGAAGGCAGCAAGAAGAGAUAAAUAGAUUAGUAUUACUGCUACAUAAGAUUUUAAAAUUUUAAGACAUGCUUUAUAUAAAAAUGAUAAGAAUCAGCUGAUUAGGAUAAAAAAGGAAGUUGGAUCAGACUGCCCCAGAGUUAGGAUGAGUUGACAGUUUUUUUUUUCCCAGAGAUUGGACACAGUGUAAUGAAUUUUAGUUUUGCCUUUAGGAAACCAGCGGAAAGUUAAGGGGAAAACACACUGUAAUUUCUUCUCUAUAUUUGAGAUCUUAGUGUAAUUUCUAAGUAUAAAUAUGUUUAUAUAGCUCUGUCGUUUUGCGUGUUGCAUUGUGUUACAGUGCAUAUUGCAUUAUGUCUUAUACGUGCCUUUUAUGUAUCUUACAAAUGUUGUAACUUUUGUAUAAUGUGCUUUAGCCGACUCAAACAAGAACGAAAACAUUA